CCGAUAUGUACGGAGCGCGGUGCAAUAAUAAUGAACAAAAAUGCAAUCUAGGUGAUUCAAGGCCUAGCGCUUUCAAUUUCUGUGUGCGAACCUUGCGCAUUGCCCUCCUAGACUCGUAGUCUCGAGUGACAGCAUCCAGGACAUCGUGAAGCGAAAUAAAAUUGAGCCCAGAGGACAGCCUCUUUGCGUUGCAAGAGUGCCUCAUAGUAUUUUCUCAUGACCUCUCUAGCUUUGUAGAUAACCGCUGACGAAUGAUCAGCUUGGUAUAGCCUGAAAGGAAGUCCUCCGGUUUCAGACGAAGGGAUUGGAUUAGCCUGGCCUUGUUGGUUUUAUGUUCCAUAGAAUAAAUAUUAUCACGGCAUGCGAAAGCCAACAACAUCCGGAUCGCGCAAAUUGAUGAUCCCCAGUGUCAGGCCCGGCUAAACCUUCCAUUCGACAGUGAGAUCAUGUGAGUGUGCAUGUGUUUGAAUCCCUGCUAAUUAGGAAUUCAAAGCAUCUACUGCGUAUAUAGUUAUAUAUGUGACCAAUAUCAAAAUCACGUCCGCAGUCCACAAAUCACGUGACUAUCAAAACCUUGUUACGUAAAUUUUGAGUUUCGCCACAAAGCACAGACCACCUACAGAUUUGCGGAAAAUAUCAAACCCAACAAGCCAACAUCACUCCAACGACGCAAGUUCGAAUCCCGUCGCGGCGAAAAAGCAGGAUGGCAGAAAAAUAUUUCUGAUAUUGAAUUUCCCCGUUAAAAGGGGGAUAAUGCAAAGAUGGCUCGGAGUUUGAGAGACCUUAUCGAAUUUUUGCUCGCGGAGAUUUCGCUCUGUGGCGAACGAGGCGCUUCUCCUACGGAUGUCCUUGCUUUUAUUGAUGACUUCUAUGCCCAAUCUGCAACCUCGAGUAAUCGCCCUGCUCAACUUGCUGGAGCUGUUGGCCGCACGCCAAAUGUGGACCGUAAGUUCAAACAAAAAGCAUGGGUAUGGCUGACCAGGCACCCAGAGGUUUCUGUUGGCCAGAACAGAGAAGGAAAUAACCUUACCCUGGAUGAGGUGAAAGGUCGGUGUGCCAAAAGCACUGCGGGGGAGCCAUUUCCCAAUUCACAAAAUACUCAAACAUCCGGAAAUGGUGGCUCUUCUGCUGCUGAAACUCAGAUACAGUCAGAUUCCGACGACACACUUCGCGUGUUCGUUUCGGAGGAACGAAUGUGGCUCGCGAUCGCUGGGCACGAGAUCGAUCAUUCAAGAAUUCCUCCUCUGGAGUUCGCUCUUUUAUCUAUAAUUGCUUCCCGGAAAUGGCAAGGGAUUAUGCAGCUGGAAUUACCUAAACUGAGCGGGCAAGAUAAGCGCUCCGUCCCAAAGCGAACAGAUUCUUUAAGCCAGAAGGGAUAUAUCGAAAAAAAAGCUAUCCAGUUUAAGUCGUCUCGUACAAGUUUAUGCACACUCCGCCAAUUUCUUCACUCGAAACCCUCAGAUAAGCCUGGUGGGAUGUCUGAGGAGAAUACGAGUCCUGCUCCGGAUGAGCUUUGCAAUGUGAUUGAGUUCCCUGUCCUCCUCGAAAAGCUAUUUCAUUUCCUGAAAGAAUUCAAAGUCAUUACACGGAGUGACUUGAAGGUAAAGCUUGGAAUGGAGGAUCACUGGCGCAGAAGGAUUUUAGGAAGGGCCAUUCGCAAGUUAGAAAGAAUAGGUUGUGUUCGUCGUGUUAGGGCAGUGUCUCAAUACUCCGAUAAGAUGAAGACUCGACAUCAGUCGGUAAUGCUUAUCCGGGAACUUACCGAUAAUGACCUUCGGAUUUUCCUCGAAGACAGCCGCACCCUGAUGACAUACUUGGAGCAGGAGGAUCUGGAUGCUGCUGAAAUGGACCAAGACCAAGGCCAACAAGAUACGAUUGAUGAAAUACCAGAGGUUAAGAGAGACGUCAGUACACCUGAAGUGGAAUAUUUGGAGCAGAUGGGACGGGUGGUACCUAGAUGGACUCCAGACCAAAUUUUGCCAAAUUUGAUAUUUGACAUUGUGCACAGAAGUGGGCAAGAAGGGAGUACUAACUACGAUAUCAACAUUGCUUGUAUGGGACCAUUUUACAGACGACCAAUCGAGUAUACAGUGAGUCGACUUGUCGAGACUUGGCAGGUUUCUCAGCCGCUUCAUCUUCGACAUCUCGCCCUGGUUCGAGAUGUAGGGCUUCGUGGCACGAUUUCGAUGUAUAUCCAUUAUUCAUUGCGAAAUUUUAGUUCACUCGUGGACGAGGGCCAAGUGUCGUGGGAAGCAGUGAAACUUUCACCGGAGGCAAAACCCAGUGUCAAAGUUCCUCCUGUUGGUGCUACAUCCCAAGUAGAUGAGCACGGUUUCCUUGUGGAUAAGAUACCAUCGAACCUCCUGAAUAAUGGUGACGCAACACUUAGAGGCUGUCUUGAGGUUGCGAAACCUUCGGAUUAUACUCCUAAGAUAUUCGACCCUGUUGUUAGACAACGUAAUGAUGGGAGUUGUGCUGUGAUUUUCCGAGGCAGGGUGUUGGGUGGAGAGCCCGAAAGAUCUUCUGUUCAUCUCGGGUUAGCCGGUUCAUCAGCCGCCGAAGCGGAGACGGCACCAAGUACUAUUUCUCGAGGACGGAAGCGUAGGGCUGUAGAAGCAGACCUUGACCGGCCAGGAGAUGUCGUGGAGGACGUUAUCGACAAAGGGAAAGUUGGGGGAUCGUCGAAACGCCAGCGAAAAGUGAAGGAAUUUGUUGAUCCUUUUGCCGGUAUGACUGAGAAAGAGAAGUUAGAAGCCCAGGGAUUCGAUGAGACUUGGACCGAAUAUAGCGUUCUUCUACUUGAACGGCCCGGAGCUGGUAUCUUUCUAACUCCACCAGGCAAACGACGACCCAUUGGGAAAGCUCGGGGUCGCCCGGGGCGAAGUCGUAUUGCUGUCGUCAAAUCAGAGAAACUGAAGGACCUUGAUUGGUUUGUUAGCCAAAAAGAUACUGAAGCUACCCCAGAUGAACCCACGGAGGAUUUGGAGACUAGUUUUGUAGCUGUCAAUAACGAGGAAGCCGUUGCGGAUCGAUCUGUAUCAUUACCUCACCAAGAAACGGAAACCUCUCAACCCCCUGCGGCCUCCUCACCACGGCUGGUUGAUCCAUCUCAAAGAGGAGAGGAUACCGAUUUUCAGGAGGUACCUCCUCUGGUUGUUGACACCGUGACUAGUGACCAAAUCGACAAUCCUCUGGUUUCUAAUAAGAGGAAAUAUACCGACAUGGAUGAUGGUGAAGAAACAUCCAUGGCACCUCAAGCCGCCGGGCUUCCGCAUAAAAAAAGGGGAAGGCAGCUACGAAAGGGCCAUCAAGCCCCGAUUCCAGGGGGUGACAAGGCUUCUGGUCGGGACGUUAGAACUAGUCCGGCCGAACCAAGUGGGCGGGAUUCCACUAUUCCCCAAGCUGGGGACGAGCCGAUGCAAACUUCACAAACUACAGCGGAGGAUGGGACCCCCGCCGCAACUAGGCGUGAGAGACAACGAAAAGUUGACGACAUCAUUGUGAGCUCUGAGCAACCAGAGUCGCCUCAGGUAGUUGAAGAUAUGCCUAGUGAGAGUAAUGGUGGACCCUCCCCUGAAGAUUUACGAUCACCCCCAACCCAGCCCUCUGCUACUACUCCUUCCCAGGAUGUAUGCGAAUCAAACGAUACACAUAAUGAUAUCCCCGAGCCCAGAGUGGAAAAUAAGGAUGCCAAAAGUAGCAAAACCCAAACCCAAACCCAAACCCCAACCCCAGAAACAGCCUCUCGCGCUUCUAAGCCCGUAUCAGUUACUACUAGUGCCAAAACCAAGACCAAGAAAAUAGAUACUCAAGGGGGAUCCAUUGCGUUUCUUCGGAGGAAGAUUGUCAUGGAUGUGGUCGAGAGCUCGGGCGGAGUGUACCCAUAUGGCACUGAGCUGUGGUACCCUUUCACUACCGCUUGGUUGAAGACUAAACAAACCGAAAGGCCAGACUUUCGCACACUUCGAAAUUCAGUGAAAUAUAUGAUCGAGAGCGGGAAACUCCGCCAACUAACUUUCAGUGGGAGGAACAGCAAAGGGCUAGUGGUUACAAAGUCCAUUAUUGCAAAACCAGAAAUUCAUGCAACGGAUCCAGCAGUCAUAGAUUUACAGAGGGCAAUAUUAUCAGCCGACCCCCAGCAAUACUUCCCCCCUGGCCCAGAGAUUGAUCCAACAAUCAGGAAGUCACAAAAAAUCACACAGCUGCCUGCAAGAAAGCUCCCCGACAUUGAAGAAGAGAUAACCGUUACUUUGCAUCAAACGCCAGCGAGAAGUCGACCCCCUGAAAUGAGGCCACCCCGGGUCCACAAACCAAAACCAGGACCCAUAAAACGGCUUCGAAGUACUAAGCGCCGAUCACAUCCAUAUUCCGUUCUAAACUGGUUAACGUCACCAAACUCGGGCCUUGCAACUGGAACACGGACAUCUGACGCUUCCAGGAGGCAUCCCCGGUCAACCGCAAGGCUGCCACCAGAUGCAAUUAUUUUCCAUACGUUCCAAUCAUUCCAUGCUCCAACCGGCACAUUUGGAACCACAUUCGCCCAUACGCAAUGGCGUAGCUUAACAACAACGGGACCCCGAUCGGGCCAGACAAUAAUGAGCUUACCCGGAGACCUUGGAGAUAUUCUUUCCAUGACGAGGAAACGUCAGCUUGAUACGUCGAAUCUCCCCGAUCCUGUUUCUACCCGGGUAUUUUCCGAAAUUGAUGCCGUAGGCAGAUGGGAAUCUAGGCACCCUGAACUAUUCGACUUGCAGCGAGCUGGAUGGAGAUACAUUAACCAUGGGAUACCGGGACCAUUCGAGAGUGCUCCUCUCGACGGCUCGAUUCGCUUUGAGGCGAAUGAAUCCCGACGGGUCUCAAAGGGACGACAAGCACCACUUGCCCAGACUCCACUUCGGACCCUGACAUCAUCAUCUGCCGGGGUAACUCCAUCAGAUCGCCCCUCCGCUCGUCAAAUCGCACCUCGUGGUCAGAGGCGGCCCGAACUACCCGUCAACAGACGUCUCGAACAAUUCCAGGAGCCCAAAGCAGAGAAACGAACACCCAAAGCAACGGCUCCGACUGUUCGAAGAAGUAGACUCAUCAAAGUUCUAUCUAGUGAUAUUGUACAAAAGCUUACCGUUGCGAUCGUUGUUGUUCGAACCUUAGCUGGUGGACUCGAGGGUAAAAUGGUUGACUGGCAGCUUGUUACAUUAGCUUUCCCAGAUCACGACCCUAAAUUAAUCAGAGAUCGCGGAAAGGCCAUCCUUUCGCGAAAUCGACUGCAAAUGUCCAAAAUGCAAAGCGAUUUUCAAGAGCGGUUUGCAGAAGCGUACGAAAAGGACCAGGUACCCCGGAUCGAUUAUGGUGACCUUCCCUCGUAUGAUUGGCAGUGGAUCGUUGAUUGGGCGAACAAGCAACUUGAAGGCCCAGGUUCAGAUAACCUUCCGAGCCUACCAGCUACCCGCCAACAAUUCAAUAGCCUCUUUGACGUUCGCCCGGAACCCGUACAAACGCUUGACGAGCUGUUCCAACAUAACGCCCCAGCGACGAUUCCGCGAAAACAAGCUUUGCUAGCUGGAACAAACUUUGUAAUCCCCGUCACUAAAGCAGGCACGAAAUGUGAGCGGCAAUGGCCAAGAAUUGAGCGCCUAAACAUGGCUAAAACCUGGGUACGAGCGAACGUGAUCACGCCGGAGGAGUCAUAUAACCCAGCCGAAGCACGACGGAUUCUCGAAUGCCUUGGUGAGGAUCUCAUUGGACAAGCGAUACAGUCACUUAUCACUGAACGGGUUAUCUCCAUGGGCAACAGGGGCCGGAUUACUCCAGGGCGAAAUUACGACGUCACAGAAUACUUCGUGCAUACAUUCGGGCGCAAACGUGCCAUCGAAGCAACCCAGCUGAAACGCGCAGUGACUUUCAAAACCACAAUCCUGGACACACAGUUACAUCUGGAAGGCAGAUGCGCCGUGAACUACGACGCUGAGGACGGCGAUAUCCUCGUGCUAAUCAACCUCUUCGCCGAGGGGCGAGUGACAAUCUGGCCCAAAAACCCGCCACGGGAUAAAUACGGGCUGACAGACGGCGGCUACCUGACGCGCCUCAUGGACAAGGGCAAGCUGCGCUUCGACGUCGACGUCCUUCCCGUCCCCGAUCGCUACAUCUACGGGAACCCUGUAAAACUGCCCCCAACAGCCCCGAGGGGCGAUAUGCCCGCCGACUUCCCCUUCUCUCCAUCCACAGGCUCUCUCCCCUUCUGCAAGAUCCCGCUCUGGUUCGAUAUCCAUGGCAACUUCGUUAAGAUGCUUUGGGAUCUGGUUGUUGCGGCAGUCGUGGGCUACCUUGCGUCUCGGCCGGGCCUCACCGCAGCUGGCAUCAGCCGUAUAUUCCAGCCACAUAUUGCCGAGUGGGAGGUGGCUUUGGUUUUGGAGUGGAUGGAAGAAGCUGGGGUCGUUGAGAGGCUGGGUGGGUUGUCUGGCUGGGCGGUGAAGGAGUGGUGGUGGAUGGUUGUUCAGAACUGAAGGGCUUAUCUUAUCAUGUACCAAGAUUGAAGCUGUUUCUAGAGUCAUGUUUGUACAUACAUGUACAAGUAUCAUAUGCAGUACUAUAGUUAUUUUAUACCUUUUGUUACCAGAAGGCUGGGCCUCUGGGGAUCUCGUUGGUAAGUAAUGUUAAAUUGCUAUGGUGAAGCGGAAACACGAACGAGAGAACAUUUCUAGUAAAUCUUGUAAAUGAAACGAUUACAAUGAAAAUCCUCAAAUCCUGAUAGUAUAUAUAUAUACAGCGUAGGUCAAAAGUCAGAGAUAUGAUCAAGUAAAGAUAUCAGAAAGAACAUGUUCGGUCCACUUGAAUUCAUGAUGCAUUAUUGAAAGUAAAAUUAGUGAAAAAACG